UUCAUUUGUUUGUUGUUUGUUUGUUGUUCCUCCACCAUCCAACACCCACACCCUCCCUCCUUCUUUAGGGUUCCACCCCCCAUCCAUCCCUUCCCAUCUCUCUAAUAAUCCCCACCCUUUUAUAUAAAUUAUAUAUUAUUUAUAUAUAAUUUAAUUUAAUUAAUCCAAUCCAAGAUUCAUACCCACAAAACCAAAAUUCAAUUCAAAACCAAAACCAAAACCAACCUCCUCAUCCCCAUCUUUUAAUAAUUAUUCCAACUCUAAUCAAAAAUCAAUCAACUUUCUUUAAUUCCCUCAAUUAGAUUUUCUUAAUAUCAAUAAAUUUCCAAAAAUUAACAAUCUUUUUGAUCUGGGUAUUUCAAAAGAUUGGAUUUUUCGAAGGUGGAGGGGGGGAAUUUGUGCAAGAAAUGUGGGAUGUUCGAAGAUGUGAUGAAUCUGUUAUCUGUUUGUUGGAAGCCAUUUAUUAAUAAAGGCGAAACAAGUAGUAAUUCUGGUGGUGGUCCUUCUUCUUCUUCUGGUGUUAAUGGAAAUGUCAAUAAUGGCGGCGGCGAUGACUUUGAAAAAGAUGGAUUGUUAUGGUUUAAAGAUAUCGGGAAAUGCGGUGGUGGUGGUGAGUAUUCCAUGGCGGUUGUUCAGGCUAACCAGGUUCUUGAAGACCAGAGCCAGAUAGAGUCUGGUCCUUUUGGUACUUUUGUUGGUGUUUAUGAUGGUCAUGGUGGUCCCGAUGCCGCUCGUUACGUUUGUGAUCACUUGUUUCAGAAUUUUCAAGCAACAUCUGCUGAGGAUAAUGGUGUUGUGACCCCAGAGACGAUAAGAAAUGCGUUUCUUCAAACGGAGAAUGGAUUUACCGCUCUCGUAUCUGAGUUAUUUAAUGAACGACCAAGCAUUGCAACCGUCGGAUCAUGUUGCUUGGUUGGAGUAAUAUAUCAGCAAACUCUUUUUGUUGCCAAUCUUGGAGAUGCGCGUGUUGUACUUGGUAAAAAAGUCGGUAACACGGGAGGUAUGGCGGCCAUACAGUUGUCAUCAGAGCAUAAUGCCAAUCUUGAGGAGGUUAGACACGAGCUAAAAAAUUUACACCCACAUGAUCCGCAGAUUGUUGCCUUGAAGCAUGGGGUCUGGAGAGUUAAAGGCAUUAUUCAGGUUUCAAGAUCCAUUGGGGAUGUUUAUAUGAAACACUCGGAGUACAAUAAUGACCAAAUUGCACAAAAGUUCCGACUUCCUGAAUCAACGGUUAUGCCUAUCCUGUCUGCCACUCCAUCAAUUCUUACUCAUGAUAUCCACCCAAGUGAUUCUUUUCUUAUAUUUGCUUCUGAUGGUUUAUGGGAACACCUGAGUAAUGAAGAAGCUGUGGAAAUCGUUCACAAUAAUCCACGUGCCGGAAUAGCCAAGAGGCUAGUGAAAGCUGCUCUACAGGAGGCUGCAAAAAAAAGAGAAAUGCGAUAUUCUGAUCUACGGAAGAUUGAUAAGCGGGUUCGGCGUCAUUUCCACGAUGAUAUAACUGUAAUUGUAUUGUUUUUAAACUAUGAUCAGAUAUGUAGAGGUUCGGCCAACGGUCCUAACGUCUCUCUUCGAAGUGCAUUGGAACACUAAAUGUACUACUACUAUCAGGCGAUUCAAGGAUGGUUUUUGUCAUCAUUCUAAUGUUGAUAUAGAGUUUAAAUUUAUCUCUGAGGCGAUUGAAAAAAAAAAUAGAAAAAAAAAGUUAGAAAAGAAAAUUAUGGGAUACUGUUGAAUCAUAAGGGUCUUUGUAAUACCUUGAUGUUUACUAUAACCAUUCUUCAUAAAUGUCAAAAUUUUGCCCAA